GGCUGUAGUUUUAGUUCAUGAGAUUAGUUUGAUGUGAUGGAAUGCGGAAUGAUACUACUUAAAAAGGAAACGCCAGUUAUUAGUUAACAUCACGCGUUAACGAACAAAUUGAUUAUAACUGAUAUUUAUAAGGCAUAGUUGUCAGAUGAAGUUUUAUUCUUUUGCCUGAGGGUAAACAUAUAAAUGGUGUUCAGGCAAUUUGAUGCACGUCAGAACCAAUCUGGCAAGGAGUAAAAACUAUUUGCAAGAUGGCGGAGUCGAGUUAUUAUCAGGGAGAUUACAUCCAGCAUCCCGUGCUCUACGAAUUGAGCCACAAGUACGGCCUGCAGUUGGAAUGCGACCCUGAUGAGCUGAAGGAGCUUAUCCGGCGGGAGAUACGGAAGGAGUUGAAGAUCAAGGAGGGUGCCGAGAAACUGCGUGAGGUGGCCAAAGACAGAAGAAGCCUCUCCGAUGUGGCCACCAUUGUCAAGAAAGCCAAUACGAAGUUGGCAGAACUGCAGGCGGAGCUUCAGGAGCUCGAAUCGCAGAUUAUCUUGACACAGGGCCAGGGCGCCCCCAGCAGCCCUCCUCUCGCGCUCAACAAUGGCCAAGAUGCAAUGCCGUCUCCAGAGUCGGGCCAUACGACUCCCACACAAGCGGAUGCGCUGUUUAGUGACCUACGUCUUUUGUCCCUUGAGAAGCAACUCAACAUAGAGCUUAAGGUAAAGCAGGGCGCUGAAAAUAUGAUACAGAGCUUGACGAGCGGCCAUUCCCGGGACAAGAAAUUGUUACAGGAGGCCCAGCAGAUGCUUGCUGACUCGCGUGUUAAAAUAGAGUUCCUCAAGUUGCGAAUCCUGAAGAUAAAGCAGAAUAAACAGCUUCGACAGCAGCAGGGCGCCAGCGACACGUCCAGCAAUGGCGACACUCAUCAAGCCAAAGAUAGAUAUGAGCCGAACCUGGAGCUGCCGUUGGAGGACCGCGUGGAGGAACUGCGACAUCGGCUUAGGAUCGAGGCGGCUGUGGUCGAGGGGGCGAAGAAUGUGAUCCGCCUCCUUCAGAGCUCGAAGGUUGCCGACAAGAAGGCCCUCCAAGAGGCACAAGCAAGUCUUGCAGAGUCAAGUCGGAAGUUAGAUUUGCUUCGCAAAUCGCUUGAACUUCGUAGACAGGAACUUCCACCUGACUCACCUGCAGCUGCCCAGCUGAAAAGGGAGUUGCAAAAUGUGCAGGCAGCUAGCCCUGUUCCUGUUACGUACACCAGUCUGCAACCCUUUCAUGGUCAGGGGGAUGGCACCAAGUCUGCUGGUCUGACACCGUCGUCCUUCACGCGAUGUGCAGCUGUCACUGGGAAACUGGAAGUAAGAUUGAUGGGCUGCCAGGACCUAUUGGAGGAAGUUCCUGGGAGAUCUCGGAGAGACAAGGAUGUCUUAUCCAGUCCGGGUGAUCUGCGGUCCUUCGUGAAAGGUGUAACGGGACGCAGUUCGAGCAAGUCAUACAGUGUUAAGGAUGAGACAAGCAAUGAGAUUAUGGCAGUUAUAAAGCUGGAUAACCAGACAGUGGCCCAGACCAGUUGGAAGCCCUGUUCUCAACAAGCUUGGGACCAAAGGUUUUCAAUUGACCUGGAUAAGUCACGGGAGUUGGAAAUUGGUAUAUACUGGCGUGACUGGCGAUCUCUUUGUGCCAUCAAGUUCUUGCGCCUAGAGGAGUUUAUUGAUGAUAUCCGCCAUGGUAUGGCACUGCAGUUGGAACCUCAGGGAUUGCUUUUUGCAGAGAUUAAAUUUGUGAAUCCAAUGAUAUCACGGAAACCUAAACUCCAGAGACAAAGAAAAAUCUUCAAGCAACAAGUAAAGAACUUCCCACGUGCAAAUCAGAUGAACAUCAAUGUAGCAACAUGGGGUCGUUUGCUCAAAAGGUCAUCGCCUUCAAUCCAAAACAACCAUACUCAACCAACGUCAGAAAGUCCUCCAUCAGGUAUACAGCCACUUCAGUUGUCGUUUGACAUGUCUUUGACAGAAGAUAAACCUGAGGCUCCUGGUGAAACGCCUGAUCCGCAGGCAGUUGGGUUGUCUGGAACACGCCCCCUUGGACUUGGUGUAGCUGUACUACCCCCUCUGCCCCCUGACACAGCUGUAUCCAUGUCAUUACUUCCUUCAACUAUUGCUCAGAAGAAGCGAAGUUCAGCAUUACCUGCACCUCCACCCCCUCCGAGACUUGAUGUGGAGCUGCAGAGUGCACUGCGGGAGUUUGACUUCCUGCACACAGAGGAACGCAGUUCACCUGACCUGGGUCCUCCACCGCUGCCACCCACUGCUCGGCCAUCGACCAGCACUCCAGAGGAACGCUCACCCUCACCCCAACCUGUGGUCCAGUUUCCAGAGGAAGAGGUGGUGUAUGAGCAGGCAGGUAUGGUGCGGCGCCCAUCUGGUCGUGGACUGGAGUACCGAGACAGUGCGUAUGAGUCACGAAGGCACUCACAGUUCUCUGGCAUGUCUAUGGAGAGCUUCCGUUUGCUUAGUGUACUGGGUCGAGGACACUUUGGCAAGGUGAUCCUGGCACAGUAUCGCAACACCGGUGAAUACUUCGCUAUCAAGGCGUUGAAGAAAGGUGACAUUAUUGCCCGGGAUGAAGUGGAGUCGCUGCUUUCAGAGAAACGUAUCUUUGAAGUUGCCAACACUAUGAGACAUCCCUUCCUCGUUAACCUAUUUGCUUGCUUCCAGACAGAGGCACAUGUGUGUUUUGUGAUGGAAUAUGCUGCAGGUGGGGAUCUCAUGAUGCACAUUCAUGCAGAUGUUUUCACAGAGCCACGAGCUGUGUUCUAUGCUGCCUGUGUUGUCCUUGGCCUACAGUACCUGCAUGAGAGUAAGAUUAUCUACCGGGACUUGAAACUGGAUAAUCUACUGUUGGAUACUGAGGGUUAUGUGAAGAUUGCUGACUUUGGCCUAUGCAAGGAAGGCAUGGGCUAUGGGGAUCGCACUGGAACAUUUUGUGGCACGCCUGAAUUUUUGGCACCAGAAGUUUUGACUGAAACAUCAUACACACGUGCUGUAGACUGGUGGGGUCUUGGUGUCCUCAUCUUUGAGAUGCUUGUUGGAGAGUCUCCUUUCCCUGGUGAUGAUGAGGAAGAAGUUUUUGACUCAAUUGUCAACGAUGAAGUUCGAUAUCCUCGAUUUCUAUCUUUGGAAUCCAUUGCUGUCAUGAGGCGGCUGCUACGUAAGAAUCCUGAACGCCGUUUGGGCUCAAGCGAACGUGAUGCUGAAGAUGUUAAGAAGCAAGCAUUUUUUCGCACUAUUCAGUGGGAUGAACUCCUGUUGCGUCGUGUCAAGCCUCCAUUUGUUCCCACAGUGCAUUCUGUGGAGGAUGUAAGCAACUUUGAUGAAGAAUUCACCUCAGAGAAGCCUCAGUUAACACCAGCUAAGGACCCUAGACCCCUGAAUGAUGAUGAGCAGACUCUGUUCAAGGAGUUCUCGUACAUGGCGGACUGGUGCUGACAUCUGGUGUGCACCAUUGCCUUGGGGUCCCAUGGAGAGAAGUGACAUCAAGUUGUGCCAUGUGCAAUAUUUUGUUUGUAACCUGUCAGCAUUGUUCCAGGCGACACAGUUAUGCUGUGCACCUUUUACUGCAUGUGUCGUCAGUCUGAAACUGAUCCAGUCCCAGGAAAAUCAGAGGUACAGAUUCCAGAAGCCAUGGGUACAUUUUGCAACUGAAGUGCACUAAGAGUGUUGGAAACUCUUAUUACGGGAAAUGUUUUUUGUUCUCGAAUGCUGUAUAGUGUGUGUGUGCGCGCGCGCACGUGCUGCUUACCCUAUUGAUAUUGUUUUCUUAUCAAACUUCUGGGUCCUCCUCCUUCAGUAUUUUAAAUAAUUAAUUUUUCCAGCAGAAGUUAGAUAUUUUAAUAUUGCUGUAUUUUGGAGCAGGUUUUGUUCCUCUUAUAAAUGGAAAAUAAGCAAAGCUCAAACUAUCGUAAUUGAAUUGUAGCUUUGCAGUUUAUAAUACUUAGAGGAGUGGUGUGCUGUACUAAUUUGUGGUAUUGUAGCGCUUCAGUAAACAUGUUCCACCUGUAGCAACAAACAGAAGUCAGCAGUUAUUAUCAUAUUACAAAGAACAUGUCUUUUAGAUCAGAACUUCCUGACAUAAUGCCUUGUGAUGAGCAGUGUUGUUUUUACAGUGAUAAUUUAUUUUUAAAUGAUAUUUAUGGAAUGUAAGUUUUUUUAUAUCUAUUCUCUUCUCAUCCUCAAUCCUACAGACAUUGUCUUGUGAGAAGCAAGACCAGCCAGUGCUGCAGGUACAGAAUAUGCAGUGUUUUAUUCAAUUCUAAUAUUUGAUUUCUUAGUUUUGAGGACAGAUGCGAAUUACAUCCUCAAACUUCUGAAACUUAGUAGUGACUGUUUUUGAACUACCAAUUAAGAUGUGCGAUAUUAGUGAUGGGCUGCAUUUUUUGGAGAGCUCUUGAGUCUUCCAGUUCUACAAGACUGUAGCAGGAUCUCUUUUCACCUCAUAGAAAAAUAUUAUCUAUCUUCUUUCUAAUUUGUAUGUUGACUGGUGCUUUCAGUUGGAUGUGUGACAUGAAAGAAUGUCCGUUUCCCCUGUACAGAAAAGAUAGAACUGGGAAUGGGGACUUGUGACCAACGCUCUCUGAAUUUAUACCACUGACCCUCCAUACACACUCUCCUUAUGACACUGGACUGCAAAUUUAAAAGUAUUAUAUACGUGAAAAGGCAUCUAGGUAUAUUUACAUAUUUUAUAAUAGAAGUUUAGUAAUUGUACAUACCUGUUAACUUAGAGUGAGAAUGAAGUUUCAGUUAAUAUAAAAGUGUUCCUCUGACCAUGUGUAUUACACUGAUACUAUGAGUGUGCCAGUGGCAGCUGCUGCGAGUAGCUUCAGGCACGGUGCUAAAGUGGAAUAUAAUGUGUAUGAAUGUAAGAUAUCACAGGAGGACCCAGAAUGUUGGGUUACAAGAAUCUGGAGAUUGCAGUGGUGGGGGAAACUGCAUUGAUUGGGUUAUUCAACAAGAAUUGUAUUUCAUAGUCAAGUCAUUUGUAACAUUGGGGUUGUUUGAACAUUAAAAUCUUUGUACCAUUUCA